AUGAGGAUGGAACCAGUGCUCUGCUAUGAGUCUGUCAAUGGUUCAUGUCCAAAAACCAUCUAUCCACUGGCCAUACGGAUCACCCUCUAUGUGAUCCUGGGGAUUCUUGUAACCCUAACAGUGUUUGGAAACUUCCUGGUCAUCACUUCAAUUGCAUAUUUUAAGCAGCUCCAUACUCCUACUAAUUAUCUAAUCUUCUCUUUAGCUGUGUCGGACCUUCUUUUAGGGCUGAUUGUCAUGCUCCCCAGUAUGUUUCGAUGUGUAGAGACGUGUUGGUAUUUUGGUGAUGUCUUCUUUGACAGACACUAUGCUGUUUGUCAGCCUUUAAUAUACAGCAGAAAAAUUACUGUUAAUGUUGUGCUGAUCAUGAUUUUACUCAGUUGGAGUGUUUCAGUUGUCACUGGCUUUGGGAUGGUUUAUCUGGAGCUAAAUAUUUGGGGAAUUGAGGAGUUCUUUUAUACCCACAUUUCCUGUGUGGGAGGAUGUGUUUUGUUUCAGAGUGGUCUGUCGAGUACAGUCUCAUCAGUGCUUUCAUUUUACAUUCCAGGGAUAGUAAUGCUCAGUGUCUACCUGAGGAUUUUUGUCGUAGCUCAGGGACAAUCACGUCGAAUACACAUCACAGCAAAGAUCUCCAGUACAGGUCAGAACAAAGCCACUAAGACACUUGCAGUCAUAAUGGGCUCAUUUCUGUCUUUUUGGACGUUGUUUUUUGUGUGUAACAUUGUGGAUCCCUUCAUCGGUUACUCAACACCACCUGUGUUGUUUGAUACACUCGGGUGGAUUGGUUUUAUGAAUUCUACUUUCAAUCCCCUAAUAUAUGCCUUCUUUUAUAGUUGGUUCAGGAAGGCAUUCAGAUUAUUCACCUCGGUGAACAUAUUUAAGUCUGACAUCUCAGAGACGACACUUUUCACAGAAUAA